UCGGAACAUGCGGCAAAAUAAAGUUCGGAAGUUCCCGAUGACGUCGCCCUCCACAACACCAAGGCAGGCUGGCGACGUGGCGAAGAGGCAGGGCGGAAGGAUAAAGAAUACGCGUUUGCCGGCUGUUCAGCAGAACUGAGUGAUGUCACACAGUGACUCUGAGGGCAGUGCCACCACAGAGAUGCCCCAGCACCUCUCCCUGCCCCUCGAGAGUGACCCCUCUUCUCCUGGGGACACGGAGACGUGUGACCCCCCCGCUCAGCCUGGACCCCUGCUGGACAAUGAAGGGAGCGAGGCGGCCAACCCUCCGAGGGAGGCAGAGUCCCAUGGGAACCAAUCAGAGAAUACGGCUGGCAUUCAGGUGACUGAGUGUACCGAAUCAGUGAGCCUGGAGCCAGAUGGACCUGUUGGGAGCGUUGUGGGGCAGGAUGGCGUACUACAGGACUCCUCUCAGAGCAGAGACAAAGGCUGGGGAGGUUGGGGUUCCUGGGGAAAGUCUAUUCUGACGAGUGCAACUUCCACUGUGGGCCAGGGGCUCAGUGCUGUGAAGGAGAAGGCGGGGGUCACCCUGCGCGUGCAGAGAACCUCUGUGUGCGAGGAGGUCGAGGAAGACCUGGCAGCCCAGACAGAUUCUGAUCCGGGGGAUCCUGGCGCGUCUGUGGGCUCCUCCGCCAUGGCAACCAGAGGAGUUCUCUCCACCAUCACCAGCGCUGUCCAAAACACAGGAAAGUCUGUUAUAACGGGAGGCCUGGAUGCGCUGGAGUUCAUCGGGAAGAAGACCAUGACGGUGCUGGCAGAGAGUGACCCUGGGUUCAAGAGGACCAAGACGCUAAUGCAGAGGACUGUGUCCCUGUCGCAGAUGCUGAAGGAGGCGAAGGAGAAGGAGAGGGUGAGGCUGAGCUCCCAGCCAAUCAGUGAGCCCACGGCGCAUUAUGGCAUUCUCUUUGACGACUUCCAGGGUCUGUCCCACCUGGAGGCGCUGGAGAUCCUGUCCAAUGAGAGCGAGGCUCAGGUGCAAGCAGCCCUGGUGUCGCUCGAGGACGAGACCUUGGAGGUUCUGAAGAAAGACCUGAUUGCCAUCAAGGAUGUCUUCUUAGAGGGAGCCAGUGAGAAGGAGCAGGAGGCGGAGUCAGAGGAAAAUGCUGCCAGUGGGGAGGAGUUUGUCAGUGUUUUGACAGAGCUUCUGUUUGAGCUGCAUGUUGCUGCUACUCCAGACAAACUCAACAAGGCUCGGAUGAGGGCACAUGAUUGGCUGAGGGAUGUGUCGCACCCCAGUGCGGAACAGGCUGCGGAAUCAGAGCCGAAGGACGGGAUGAAGGAGGAGCCAGAGGCGGGGCUGAGGGAGGAGCCAGAGGCGGAGCAUGGCAGUGAGCCCGCCCCUUCUGCAGGCCAGAGAGAGGAGGAGAACCAAAUGGAAAAUGGCCGCCCCGAGAAAGUGGAGGGUGUGUACCUGUCCGCAGUAGGCAGUCUGGCGGAGGUCACUGCUCGCAGCAUUGAGCAGCUGCACAAGGUGGCUGAGCUGAUCCUGCAUGGACAGGACCUGGAGAAGGCAGCACUGGACCAGGCACACAUUCUCACCAGGCUGACCACGGCCAUGUGCAAGGAGGUUGGCUGUUUGUCCAAGAGUUUCUCCGACACCCUGCUCAUCGUGGGGACCCAUAAGAAGGCCGAGGAGCUCAACCCCAUGGUGGACAGCAUUUUACUGGAGGGCGCUAACAGCACCAGCUACAUCCAGAACGCCUUUCAGCUCCUACUGCCAGUGCUUCAGUUCUCCCAUAUCCAGACCAGCCGGGCCAGAACUGGCCCGGAGUCCGGCCGAGACCAGCAGGACUCAGACCAGCGUUCAGCCUGACUGCAGGUCCUCUUGCCUGCCUGCUUGCCACCCACCACAGCAGUAGUGUCAUUGCCGGAGCCUGUGCACGUAUGUAUUUAUGUAUGUAUGUAUGUACAGUAGUAAUAUAUGUGUGGUCUUUGGAAGGGAAGGAUAGUGGAUUAAUAGCAGUGAUGCUGUGUAUCUGCAGUGUCGUUUGCAUCUUCAUUGAUGGCCUCUUGCCUGGGUUUGCCCUUAUUGUAUGUUUUACCUUCUCUGUGGUUUUAAAGCUGCUCAACUGAGGUGAGCAGAGAGUACAGUAACUGCUCUCGCUGCGCAUGACUCACUGAUCUUAACCAGACGCUCGCUGCGCAUGACUCACUGAUCUUAUUAAACUUGGCUGUAUUCACUCAUUAAUCCUCUAGUAAUUGUUCAUUUAUUGACAAACAGAAAAAGUGACAGAAAUGUGUAGCAGUAGAAGUGAUGUACAAAGACAGAGGACAGACGUAUGUAUGAAUGCAGCUUUUAGACUGAAGCAUCAGGGUUUGUGCAGUGCACCUCAGAUCAACAUUCUGAAACAGUCCUUUAAUUUGAACAAAUAAAUAAGGGUUUCCUUUUCAUGAUAGCAACGCAAAACUUGCAAAGAUCUGCUCUGACAAAUUUAUUUUGUAAAACGUGAGUUUAUUUCUUCUGUGGGUAGCUGAAGGGCUGUGUGGGCUGUACCGUUUACCACAGGAAAGAGCAGCUGUACCGUUUACCACAGGAAAGAGCAGCUGUACCGUUUACCACAGGAAAGAGCAGCUGUACCGUUUACCACAGGAAAGAGCAGCUGUACCGUUUACCACAGGAAAGAGCAGCUGUACCGUUUACCACAGGAAAGAGCAGCUGUACCGUUUACCACAGGAAAGAGCAGCUGUACCAUUUACCACAGGAAAGAGCAGCUGUACCGUUUACCACAGGAAAGAGCAGCUGUACCGUUUACCACAGGAAAGAGCAGCUGUACCGUUUACCACAGGAAAGAGCAGCUGUACCGUUUACCACAGGAAAGAGCAGCUUUACCUCUUACCACAGGAAAGAGCAGCACAUACACAUGUACACUGGAAGGUUAUUGGAUGCAAUAGCUCACUGCCAGCUUUAUUAUUUGGCGUAAUUUGGUUACCAGGAGAACAUCCUACGAUGGCAUCGGCUCUUACUGCACUGCAGCGCUGUAUUACUGUUACGGGUUUACAGAACAGAAUAAAACAGAGAAGGAAUAUUCAUUCAUCUUACCAGCAGCAGUCAAAACAAUACAAAGCAUGUAAUUGAAUCCAACUUUCUGGAGCCUCGAAACCUUGUGUCGAGUAAUUAACGGUAAAUUGAGCUGACCAGCGCCGCACAAACCCAGCAAACUCAUGGGAGAGCUGCAAGGCUUUGGGUGCCAGUCUCAUAGCAGCCCAGAUCCUUAACCUUGUUGUCAGGUAAAUUAAGUAUAGCAGAGUCAGGUAAAUUAAGUAUAGCAGAGUCAGGUAAAUUAAGUAUAGCAGAGUCAGGUAAAUUAAGUAUAGUAGAGGAGGGUUAUGACUAUUUUACAAACCUAAAUCUGCAGGCCAACAGUUUUGAGGCUGAGGGUGACAGUUGUGAAGUAUAACUAUAUUAAAAGAGGGAUCAAAUGCAUUUUCUUUUCAUAUGAAAAGUCAAACCAACACUAAAUUCUUAUUUCCCACUGCUACAUGGUAACAGUGCUCAAGUGGCAGGUCUGGGAAGUCAAUCCACAGUUAAUGACAAUUAACAAAAGCUAAUUUCAUUAAUUAAAAAGAGCAGAAGCACCCUUCAUACGCUGUAUUGAUAACAUUUAUUAACUUUUACAUUUCUGUUCUUUGUAAAUUGUGGGGGAAUGUAUAUGGCUUUUAGCCAUUAAUAACAGAAAGGCCUUGAACACAUACUUUGAAUUUGGAUGACAUUUCCAACCUUGACCUGAAGUUUUUGUCAAGAAUUAUACAGAAUCUUUUAAAAUGUCAUUUUUGUUGACAUGAUAAAAGAAAACCAUGAAAUAAAAUGUACAUUUUUGUUUAAUGGGAAGUGUUUCACAUUCAGAUCUGAAUGCAUUUAAUGUGUUUUGUAUCUAGUGUGAGAUCUUUCUUUGUUGAGCUGAAAAAGCAGAGGAUGGCAAUAGUGUUUACUGUUGAAAAUAUUAAUAAUUAUACUAAUAGUUUGAUGAUGGCAAAGUUUUGCUGUUCCUCUGGAAUUUUUUGUGACGAAAGGCACUUGGACCUGUCUCUCAAAAUCAUAGCUUGUCUCCUCCCACAUGCAAAUAUGCAGAAUGAAGUGUGUAAACCUGGUCCAUGGUUCUCUCUGUGUAAACCAGGCCUAUGGUUCUCUCUGUGUAAACCUGGCCCAUGGUUCUCUCUGUAAACCUGGUCCAUGGUUCUCUCUGUGUAAACCUGGUCCAUGGUUCUCUCUGUAAACCAGGCCCAUGGUUCUCUCUGUGUAAACCUGGUCCAUGGUUCUCACUAUAAAUCAAGCUUCAUACUCUGUGUGCUAUUCCACACUGGCAAUAUUAAUCUCAGUGCUCUGGGAUCUUAGUUUCUUAUACCCCAAGCUGCACCGUGUCAGGAGACAAGCUGACUAAAGGCGUGAUCAAAAAUAAUAAUGAAAGAUUGAGCAUAUUUAAGAUUGAAGGAUGUGAUCAUUUGCUUAUUUUUAUCAUUUACAUUUUUAAGUCUGUGGUUUUUACAGAAAUACAGUACAGCUUUGGCUGGUUUGCUUUCCAGUCUGUUCCCUUCUUCUUAAGCUUCAGUUGCAUGCGCCACACUCUCAGAAACAAUGUGUUCAUACCCAACACUUUGUUUUACUACUUUUGUGUUACUUUCAACAUUUUGUGUCGAUGUUAGUAUUUACAAAUAUACAAUUUAUGUGUAGAGGACAAAGGGAGACGUUUUAACAGACUGUGCUGUCCUUAACCAGACAUGGAGACGUAUUAAAAAUGACAAGUUAUACGUGUUGUUUUUAAUGCGUUUUUGAGAGUGCAGGUUUUCAUCAGAUAUGUAAAUAUGUAUUAAAGUUUACGGCACCAGACACCUUGAUGAAUGAGGUGGGAAGUCAUUUUUAGUCUGUAUUAUCCCGUAUCCUAGCAACAGAAUGUGUGGUUCAUUUCUUUACUUUGGAGCUAGGCACCCCAAGGCAGGGGACAGCACCCACAGAAAUGUUCUAAUUACUGCUGAUAGCUCCAACCUAAAGAAUGACGGCCUUAAAAUGAAAGAUCAUUAUGUUUAUAACCCUGCCGUGUGCAGUGAGGCAGAUGAGCAGAGAGAGAGAGUAUUGUUUGGAUUUGACUGAAGCCUGACACCUAUAGAGCUGCAGAUCAUCACAGGCAAUCCAUCAUUUAGAGACUGUCUCCACUGGUGCUCUCUGUCAUCUCUUACAUGCUUAUGACCAAGUGGCCUUACAUUGAAGACGUUGCCAAAAAAUAAUUAUUAACGCUGGAGUCUUCUUGAGAUUAACUCAGUGUUCCAAACAAAUAAAUAUGA